UGUUUUAUUGUAAUCAUAUUUCUCUCUCUAAAACGUCCACAUUCAACUUCAGCAUCUGCAAGCUCAGAUUAUCUCUGCUGGUUUUUUAAUUUUUGUCACUUUCCAUUUCUUGCCGAAUGCUCGCAUUUUUGGAGUUCUGCCGCUGAUUUUUCAGAAAAUAGGUGGCUAAUUUCUAGGCUUUUCCAGCCAUCAUCUAUGAAGAACAGCAAUAAGCUUGUGGUUGUGUUGGUGGUAUUUUUGAUUGAUGUAGCUUCAGCAGCUGAUUACUCACCGACGGAUAAGAUCUUCUUGAACUGUGGAGGUCCUCCUGAUUCGGCGGACACCGAUGGCCGGAAAUGGACAUCGGACAUUGGGUCAAAGUUUGCUCUGUCAAGUACCAAGUCUCAAACUGCAACCGCAUCGGUACAGAAACCGUCUGUGCCGGAGGUUCCUUACAUGUCUGCGCGGAUUUUUCAAUCCUCCUUCACCUACAGCUUCCCAGUGGCCUCCGGUCGCAAGUUCUUGCGCUUGCAUUUCUAUCCUGCGUCGUAUAAUGGCCUAAAUGCUUCGGAUGCUGUCUUCUCAGUAACUUCUGGAGAAUAUACCCUGAUGAGGAACUUUAGUGCUGCUCUGACCACGGAGGCUCUGAAUUACGACUAUUUGAUGAAGGAGUUCUCUGUAAAUGUCCCGGAUCAAGUGUUGAAUGUCACAUUCACCCCAUCUCCGAAUGCAUCCAACUCGUAUGCAUUCGUCAAUGGGAUUGAGGUCAUUUCUCAUCCGGAUAUUUACAGCCCGGGUGAGACUGCAAUUGUCGUUGGUCAGUCCACUGGGUUCAAUAUUGACAACAGCACAGCGCUGGAGAACGUUUACCGGCUGAAUGUGGGUGGAAAUGACAUUUCCUCAUCUGGUGAUACAGGUCUGUUCAGAUCAUGGCGUGAUGAUUCAUAUUAUAUCUUUGGUGCAGCAAAUGGGGUUACAGAGGUUCCUGAUAACACGACGAUUGCAUAUCCUCCUGACACCCCAACCUACAUUGCCCCUCUUGAUGUAUACAGCACCCUGAGAUCAAUGGGCCCAAAUUCAUCUAUCAACCAGAAUUACAACUUAACUUGGCUCUUCGAUAUUGAUUCUGGAUUCUCUUACCUAGUUAGGCUUCACUUCUGCGAAGUUACAGAUGUCAUAACCAAGGUAAAUCAAAGAGUUUUUAGUAUCUUCAUGAAUAAUCAGACUGCAGAGGAGCAGGCAGAUGUGAUUGCUUGGGCAGGUGGUAAUGGAAUCCCCAUACACAAGGACUAUAUUGUCUUUGUUCCUAAUGGGGCUCCCCGGCAGGACUUUUGGCUUGCAUUGCAUCCUUUCACUUCUAUGAAGCCCCAGUACUAUGAUGCUAUCUUGAAUGGAGUCGAAAUAUUUAAAAUAAAUGAUACAACUGGUAAUCUUGCUGGUGUCAACCCACAACCUCUUCCACAGACACCAGAUGAUUUAUUGAUUAACCAGUCCUCUGGAUCUGGUAAAGAUAACAAAGCUAUUAUUGGAGGAGCGGUUGGUGGUGGAAUUGCUGCACUUCUUGUUCUUGGUCUGAUUGUCUGUGUAGUUGUCCAACGCCGGAGGCAGAAGAAGGAUUCUAGCACUAGUGAUGGCUGGCUUCCAUUGUCCUUGUAUGGAAAUUCUCAUUCUUCCAGUUCUGCAAAGACAAACACCACAGGCAGUUACGCCUCCUCCCUGCCAUCAAAUCUUUGCCGACACUUUUCUAUUGCUGAGAUCAAGUCUGCCACUCACAACUUUGAUGAGGCUCUCCUGCUUGGGGUUGGAGGUUUUGGAAAAGUCUACCGUGGAGAGAUUGAUAGUGGCACGAAGGUGGCAAUUAAGCGUGGGAACCCUCUUUCGGAACAAGGUAUUCAUGAAUUCCAAACUGAGAUUGAAAUGCUGUCAAAGCUUCGCCACCGUCACCUGGUUUCCCUCAUUGGGUACUGUGAAGAGAACUGUGAAAUGAUCCUCGUAUAUGAUUACAUGGCAUAUGGAACCCUUCGUGAGCAUCUAUACAAGACCCAGAAGCCCCCCUUGCCGUGGAAACAGAGGCUUGAGAUUUGCAUAGGUGCUGCUCGUGGCUUACACUAUCUGCACACUGGCGCCAAACAUACAAUCAUUCACCGUGAUGUCAAGACAACUAAUAUUCUCUUGGAUGAGAAGUGGGUGGCUAAGGUCUCAGAUUUCGGUCUCUCAAAAACUGGCCCGUCACUGGACCAUACACACGUCAGCACCGUUGUUAAGGGAAGCUUCGGUUAUCUGGAUCCGGAGUACUUCAGGCGCCAACAACUGACUGAAAAAUCUGAUGUUUACUCCUACGGGGUUGUUCUGUUUGAGAUCAUAUGUGCUCGGCCAGCUCUAAACCCUGCACUUCCCAAAGAACAAGUCAGCUUGGCCGAGUGGGCUCAGCACUGUUACAAGAAAGGCAUCCUCGACCAGAUAAUGGAUCCCUACCUAAAGGGAAAGAUAGCUCCAGAAUGCUUCAAGAAAUUUGCUGAGACAGCAGUCAAGUGCGUGUCCGACAUUGGAACGGACCGGCCUUCCAUGGGGGACGUCCUGUGGAACCUUGAAUUUGCGCUGCAGCUGCAGGAGAGUGCAGAGGAGAGCGGGAAGGGUCUUGGCGAGAUAGAUGUCGACUCAUACGACAUCACAUGCAAGGGGAAGAAGGACCCUGAUUCAUCCUCGGGCUUUGAUGGAAACAUCACAGAUUCGAAGAGCAGCGGAUUGUCGAUGAGCAUUGGUGGGCGCAGCCUUGCAAGUGAAGACUCGGACGGGCUAACUCCGAGCGCUGUAUUUUCUCAGAUAAUGAAUCCCAAAGGGAGGUGAUAUGAUAUGAGCAACAACUUUGCUUUGCCCUUUACUCAUGGUAUUCCUAUAACUGCGGGAAGAGGUUUUCUUUAUUUGUAAUUUUUUUGUUGUAUCUUAUUUUUAAUCUUCUACUUGAAUAUUUAUUUAUAUUUAUAUCUCGUGUAUCUGUUUGAGCCCAAAACAUUUUACAAAACUUUAUCCAUACUGAAAGAUUGUGUAACAAUAAUUUGUUCCUUUGUUUUCGCCCAAUAUAGUUGUGUUGUAAUAAUAGAAUUUAGAUAUAAAGUGGAUUUGGCA